AUGUCAUCCUACGUGAGCUCAACCCCAUGGUGUGUCAAGGCAGGGCCGCACAAAGGUACUGACAACCAGGACACAAGGCACAACCGAACCAUCUGCCUGCACCCUGGCCCCGCACAGGGCUGUGGAAGCCACCUUAGUUCCUCUUCUCUCUGACAGGGGAACUGUACUCUGGCAAGAUGCUCUCUGUCUGGUGUGGCUGGGAGCCAGGGACUGGCUUACACCAACAGCAGGAAGCUUGUAGUAAAUAGCUCCAGUGUCUUCACCGUCCGCUACUUCAGAACCACUGCAGUAUGUAGGGAUGACGUGGUUACGGUGAACACACCAGCCUUUGCAGAGUCAGUCACAGAAGGAGAUGUCAGGUGGGAGAAAGCUGUUGGAGAUACAGUGGCGGAAGAUGAAGUGGUGUGUGAGAUUGAAACAGACAAGACAUCAGUGCAAGUCCCAGCCCCAGCAGCUGGUGUGAUUGAAGCCCUUCUAGUACCUGAUGGUGGCAAAGUGGAAGGGGGAACACCUCUGUUCAAACUCAGGAAAACUGGAGCUGCUCCUGCCAAGGCUAAACCAGCAGCAGCCCCUCCUCCUCCUGCAGCCCCUGAACCUGUAGCUGCAGCUCCUCCUCCCCCUGCUGCGGCUCCUCCUCCCCCUGCUGCAGCACCAAUUCCCACUACAAUGCCACCAGUGCCGCCUGUGUCAACUCAGCCCAUUGACAGCAAACCAGUGUCUGCGGUGAAGCCGGCUGCAGCCCCAGCGACAGCCCCUCCUGGGGAGGCAGUGCCCAGUAAAGGUGCCAGAUCAGAGCAUAGGGUGAAAAUGAAUAGGAUGCGUCAGCGUAUUGCUCAGCGGCUGAAGGAGGCUCAAAAUACUUGUGCCAUGCUGACCACUUUCAAUGAGAUCGAUAUGAGCAACAUCCGGGAGAUGAGAGCCGUACACAAGGAUCCCUUCCUGAAAAAGCACAACCUGAAGCUAGGUUUCAUGUCGGCUUUUGUGAAAGCUGCAGCUUUUGCUCUGCAGGACCAGCCUGUUGUGAAUGCAGUGAUUGAUGACACGACCAAAGAGAUUGUGUACAGGGACUAUGUGGACAUCAGUGUCGCUGUAGCAACUCCCCGGGGUCUUGUGGUCCCCGUGGUUAGGAAUGUAGAAAACAUGAACUUUGCUGACAUAGAGCGUGCUAUCUAUGAGUUGGGAGAGAAGGCACGGAAAAAUGAACUGGCCAUUGAAGACAUGGAUGGCGGCACUUUCACAAUCAGCAACGGCGGGGUUUUUGGGUCACUCUUUGGGACACCUAUCAUUAACCCACCCCAGUCUGCCAUCUUAGGCAUGCAUGCCAUCUUCGACAGGCCUGUGGCUGUGGGAGGCAAGAUCGAGGUGCGGCCCAUGAUGUACGUGGCACUGACGUACGAUCACCGGCUGAUUGACGGCAGAGAGGCAGUGACUUUCCUGCGCAAGAUCAAGGCAGCGGUGGAGGAUCCCCGCGUGCUGCUGCUCGACCUGUAGAGCAGCCACACCCCCACACAACCCACCCAGGGCAGGGCCGCAGCACCAGCAGGGACGAUGCAGGGCAUUCAGGAACUGGCAGGGGUCAUUCCAGUCUCCCUCCCUCCGCUGUGAUCAGAGCUGUCCCGGAGGGAAUUGUGGGGAUAGCUCCUACCUCCUUUCCUGUUCUGUUCAACGAAGGUUCAGUUUCUCACGAGGAUUGCUAUGCAGUGGGCCAACCACUGAAUGGCACUGCCUUUCCAGAGCCAUCUGUAUGGCAUCCUCUCCCUCACAGCACCAAAUUCUCACCUCUAGCUUGUCCUACACCAGUGGAAACUGCUUGCUGCUGCUGUGCUAGGGUACCCUUCCCUGCCGCUCCAAGGCGGGUUCAGCUUUAUUUCCUAGCACUGAGGUUCCUGGGAGGGAGAGGAGAGAAAAGGCCACUGUUCUGUCCCUGUUUUGCUUGAAAAUAUUUCACUCUCAUAUGCCUUGCAAGGGCAGUCUGGGGACCCCCAGGCCACUUGCAGCAGAGGUUUUGAUCAGAGCAGGGCUUGAGGUAGGCGUCAUGCCUCUGGCAGUGCCCUAGUUACACUCCCUCCACAGACAGGAACGCAGCGGUGGCAGCUUCCCUGCUUUCUCUUGGAGAUCGUUGGUCUCUCUCCAGCCUGGUCACUGUGGCGUGAAUGUUCAUGUCUGGGGUGGGCAGAGCCCAUGACCUCGGUGGAGGUGGCACUGUUCCUGGGGGGACAACCUUUUCACCAUUACAUGCCCGACGUGGGGGUAAGAACCAGCCCCCAGCAGCUGUCCUUGAAUCACAGCUCACCGAUGGUGGAUCCGACUGCUGGCUUCCU